AUGGAAGGAUCGGAAGGUUCCUCCAGUGGGAGUUUUAUUCUACCUCCUAACCCUAUUAUGAGUAGCACCCAGGUUGGCGAGCGCUCAUUUGGUGGUAGUCGACCGAGAAGGAGACUCAGACCACUCGAUUCAGAUGACGAUGAAGAUGGUGGAAACGUCUGGGAUGCCGACGCUGUACCAUUCCCUAUUCUGACUCACCCAUCUGUUUCUCCAGUUGGGAGCCAUUUCAGCGAAGAGGACGAAGAGCCAGGUGUGGGUGUUGAUGGUGGUAUUGACGUGGUCUCUGUUCACUCGGCUGAUGAAGAGGAUAAUAAUGAGACAGAGGCUCAAGAUUUGGACAUCAAGACAUUGCGUCAGCUCAAAGGCAUCUCAGCGGGUGCACGCAAGAAGACUGUUCGGCGACCACUGCCCAAGUUGGAUCCACCAACUCUUCUCGGUGAACGCGGACUUCCAGCUCUCUUAAAAGACUUUCAAAAUGUCCGUUUCAAAGGCCGUGGUCAUGAGUUCGAAGAUCUGGAUAAGUUGAUGUUCAUCUAUGAGUCGUGGGCACACCGGAUGCUACCUAAGUUCUCUUUUAUGGAUGUGAUAGAACGGCUGGAGGCGGUGGGGUCCAAACGAGAGGUCCAAGCAGCCCUUAAGAGUAUGCGGGCUGGCACCUGGCCACCAACAAUCACCUCUGAAUCCAUCCAUGAUAGCAGUGACAGCAAUUCGGAAAACGAGACGCCAAUACCUUCGGCCAAUCCACCCAAAAAUGAGGAAAUGCGAGAUUUGCUACGACUUCCUGAAGACGGGCCAAAAUCGCCUUUUUCUCUACCACGUCAUCCUCUUGUGCCCUCCACUUCGACGGCGGUUAUGGUAAGAGAGCACGAGGAGGAGGAGGAGAGUGUGGCAGCACGAAUUGAGAGGAAUCGUCAAGUGGCUUUGCAGCGUCUGGAAGCCAAACGACGUAAAGUGGAGCGGUCUCCACCGGAUUUGAAGUCACUUCAUGUCUGGUGUGGAUGGGAGUUCGCAGCCGUCUCUCCUGAUGCGCCCGGCUAUUCGAUAUGCUGUGAUAAUUCCUUGGGUGACCAAGACGUAGGUGUGGAUGGCGGUGUGUCUCGUAUGGAUGAGUUUAUUUGUUGUAACAUGCGUGAACUUGUGAAAUGCGUGCAUUGCAAGGCGUGA